AUGAGACUGAUUAUCCGCGACGACGCCACUGCGGCGAGCACCUACGUGGCAAACUACAUUGUCGACCGUAUCAAGGCCUUCAAUCCCAGUGCCGAGAACCCGUUCGUCUUGGGUCUGCCCACAGGCUCCAGCCCUCUGGGCGUCUACAAGAUUCUUGUCGACAAGUUCAAGGCCGGCGAGAUCUCCUUCGAGCAUGUCGUCACCUUCAACAUGGACGAGUACGUGGGCAUUCCUCGCGACCACCCCGAAUCCUACCACUCCUUCAUGUGGAAGCAUUUCUUCUCCCACGUCAACGUGCACCCCUCCAACGUGCACAUCCUGAACGGCAAUGCCGAGAACCUCGAGGCCGAGUGCGUCGCCUACGAAGACUCCAUCAGGGCUGCCGGCGGCAUUGACCUCUUCCUCGCCGGCAUAGGCGAGGACGGCCACGUCGCUUUCAACGAGCCCGGAUCGAGCUUGGCCAGUAGAACCCGUGUCAAGACCCUGGCCUACGACACAAUCCUCGCCAACUCGCGAUUCUUCGGCAAUGACAUCAACAAGGUUCCCCGCAUGGCAUUGACCGUCGGUGUCCAGACCGUCCUCGAGGCCCGCGAGGUCGUCGUCAUCAUUCUCGGCCAGCGCAAGUCUCUGGCUCUGCAGAGAUGCAUCGAGCAGGGUGUCAACCACAUGUGGACUCUGUCCAGCUUGCAGCUGCACCCUCACCCCAUGAUUGUCGUCGAUGAGGAUGCCACCCUCGAGCUCCAGGUCAAGACCGUCAAGUACUUCAAGAGCAUCGAAAAGGUGGCCAGGGAGGCUGGCUUCGAGCAGAUCCUGCCCUCCAAAGUUCGCACCGGGAACGGAAUCGUUCCCCAGACCCGCGUCAAGGAAGUCGACUCUCCCACCAUCCUCGCCCCCCAGCCCACCACUUCACGGCUUCUACGAGCUACGCCCGCGACAGAGUACCCCGUUCGAUCCGUCUCUCCCGAGCUGGUUCCUGAUCGAAUGGCUUCUCGAAUUCCCGAGCCCGCCUUGAACAAGCGGCUGACACCCAAUCCCGAGCAGCAGGCCACUCGGCCACAAAAUGCAAUUAGUGCUUGA